AAUAGGAGGUGUUACUUUCAGAGCAGCCCUCAUAUAUAUUAUGUCUGUUGAUUGUUUUGUGUAAUGGAAAGGAAGGUUCACAUGUGGGAACAGCUGUGUAUGAUUUAUCAGGAAGGGAGGACAGCCUGCCACAGGGAGUGCUCCUGACAAGGAACACUUUGCAGUUAUCUCUGUGCUGCAGCCUGAAGUUGACCUGCUUUGCUUUGUUUUGGAAGGAUAUUCCCAUUUUGUGUGUGUAAGCCCAAAAACCUGCACACAACCCACACUAAGCCUUCCAGGAACUGUUUCAGACGAAGCCACGUAUUUCUGUUCCUGCUUUUGCUCUGGGCUUGCUUAUCUACAGUACAGGAGCCAGCAGUGGGAUAUGCACCAGACAAAGCCACCAGAGCUGUGCAGCCACACAGCACUUCCACACCCGGGGCAGCUCUGACUGCUCCGCAAGAGGGUUCCAGCAAGGCUGCCAACAGCCAGGCAGCUUGAAGCCAGGCAGCGACCAUCUCCGGGAUGGCGAGGAAGAGGCUUAGCAGGUUUGGUCUGGUUUGCGUCCUUGCCUUGAGCAAGAGCAAUACAGAACAGGUCCUAAAGGGAAAAAUAUUCGCGCACUGAUGGAACACAACCACAGGAGAAAGUGACAGAUCUCACAGAAUUUUUUCAAGUUUAUCUCAGACUGUCACGUGAGCGAACGGAACUCAGUCUGCACAGAGCUUCAGCCUUAAAGAAAAGAAAAAGGGGAGAGGAGUAGAGGGGAGGAGAGGCACUUCUUGAGAACUGCACGAGCGGCAGAGAAAUCCCCACAACCCCCCACAUUUGGCACUUCCAGGAGCUCGGAUAGAGAAGAGUAGCCACACGGCUCGCAGCACGUUUGACAUUUGCGGUAACUCCAAGCGCAUCACCGCACACCCUUUCCUAGCUUUUCCACACCGAACCAAGCCGUCCCACCCCUCCCUCACAGCGGCCUUCCCCGAGCCCACCUCCCUCAGGGGAGGAGCGGGGGGCGGGCAGGCAGCGUCACGAGGGCGGCGGUGAUUGGCCAGAAGGAGAGAGGGGGCGGAGACCGGCGGGCGCGCGGCCCGGCGUGUUGCUGUGGCGACGCUGUCAUGGCGGAGCCCAGCGCGGCGGAGCAGCGGUGGCUGCAGACGGCUCGGGAUUUUGCCCUUCGAGCGCUUUCAGCCAGCCCUGGGCCUGGCGGGCCGGAGCUGCCGCCACUGGACGCGGUGCUGAGGUGCGUGAGGAGCGCGGGCGGCGGGGACCUGCCGCUGGGCUACAGUUUCAUCUCCAUCUCUGACCUAAAGCAUCAACAGCGUACUCCGUGCUGCAGCCACCUGGCCUGGAGCACUAACAGAUUUAAAGAAUGGGCUCACCAAGGGCGAGGUGCUUUACCCAUGCACAGCUCUUUGCCAAGGGCUUACCUGAUCUUGGUUGGCUAUUUAACCGAUGGAAGGCAAGAGGACAAAGAUGGUUGUCUCUAUGUGAAAGACAAUACUGGGAUAAUUCCGUGUGAGCUGCUGCAUUUUGAACUGGAGUGGCUGGAGUCACUGUUCCUUUUCCCGAGCUGGGCAUAUAUACCACAGACUGACCACAGUGCAGCAGGAUACAUAGAAAUCCUGGUGGAUCCAGUGCCAGUAAAUUGCCUCCCAAAGGAAGUGUCUGAGACCAUUCCAGUCAUCUACCCAGCGUUGGCUGAGCCACUCCUUGUCUCCAGGAUUCCUUGUAAGAAAAGAUCUAAGCUCAGUGUGGCAGGUGAAUUGUCCAGACUCAGCCCUCUCCUUUGUAUCCACCAGAAGACAUUCUUCUUUCUAUUUCUGAAGUGCUUCACCUCAGUUGUUUCAAUCCCUGUCCUGGUGAAGAAGUCCAACCAGCUGGCAUGGCACCAUACCCUCCAGUUGGGCCACAGGUACACAAUAACAGGCCUGAGUAUAUCCAGCCUGAAGAAAUCUGGGCAAAGGAUGUUUGUCACCAGUGUUUCUUCCUGCCUUCUGCCUUACUGUGCAGAGAAGGUAAAGGAGCUAGCAUUGGACAGUUCUUGGCAAGGAGAAUCCUCUCUGUCAGCUUCACUUGAGACCACAGAGCAUUUCAAUGACUCCUCAGAGCUGAGCGCUGAAGAGUGGCCAGGAUCAAUCAAAGAGUCCAAGAUCAUCUCAUAUGUGGGAACUGUCACCAAAAUACUCAAUGCCCAAGCUGGUCUCUAUGAGCUCGAUAACAAAGUCUGCUUGUGCCUUGCUUACCAGCAGUUGUUGAACUCUGCACGUGGAAUCAGACCAGGAGCAUGUGUGGAGCUCAUCGAUGUCCACCUCCUACAGAAGCCUUUGGUAUCCUCUCCUUUCAUUGUACUUGGUGCUUGCUUGAACAGCACUGUCUUGCUGAGGAGUUUUUCAAGGCUCAGCACUCCUUACCACCCACCAGUCACUUCAAGAAAUCUCUACCUACAGCUGCUCUUCCGCUAUAAUCUUGGUAUGCCACUCUACCUCUGGCUGGUGAGCCUUCUGGAAACGUUUAAGGAGAGGUUUUCUUGUUUCUUUGGGCACCAGCGACUGUUGCUUAGCUCUAUACACCGAAACCCUGGACCUGCAGAGAAAUUCCUUGUCCCAGUUCUGCAAGCUGUGGUACCAGACAGAAGGGAAACAAGAGAUAUUUAUCAUGAAAUUCUAGCAAAAAUACACCACUGUCCCUUGCAGAAGUAUUUGACCCUGGAUCCCCCAUACCAGGUCCCAUCUCUAUCAACACUGGGUCGUGUAGCAGAACAGAAGGGCUGGGAAGGCUUCUGUCCAUCCCAGUUGCUCUCCCCCUUGGAGGCACAACACAUGGGCACCCAAGAGCUGAAUCGCAGGCUGGCCUGGUCCUACUGCAUACUCUCAGCAGGAAGUUUCCAGCCCCGGCUGAUUCUACUAGGUGUGCUGAGAGUCUCUUCCAGGAGAAGUUCCCUCCAGCUGCAGGACAGCAGCGGCACACUUCCCUGUGUGAUUUCCCAUAGGGAUGGUAGUCCCUUUGCCAAUACAGCUCUCAUAGGAUCACUCUUGCAGGUGGAGAACUAUCAGCUUGUAGUGGAGAGGUUCAUUCAGAGUGAUUUUCCCUCUUGGGAGCAGCUAGAAAAUUCAGAGCAUGUGAGAGAGAAAAAAACCAGUAUCUAUGUGCAGUUCUACUUUGAGGAUGUUCAGGUUCUCCAUUCUGUGGAAGGACAAAUCCAGAAAGAUCCUCGGAGUAACAACACCACCUCUUUGAGGAAAAAGAAUGAUGGCAGUUCGACAUCUGAUCUGGAGACCCCAGAGGCAAAAGUGCUGAAAUUGGAGAAUCCCAAGCCAGAUCCUGGUGGAGAUGAGGGCUGUCAGAGGGGUCAGAGCAGCACUGGAAAAACCGGCUGUGUUUCUCACCUAUUCUUGGUUACCCAGAAAGAGGGGCUUAUGUUGCGCAACUACCAGCUACUCAGAGAAGGAGGUGGAGAAGAACAAGAGCCACAGCGCAGUUUUCAAGCCACAGUGCUAUGGCUGGGGAGACCUCAGCUGUGGAGUCACCCCAGAGAGACCAGGAGUCUGCCUGAGCUAGAGGAGGCCAGCCAUGAUGGAGGAGAGGGCAUGACACGGCAAGAGGCACUACUGCUUUUUAUGGGGAAGUCAUUGCAAUGGUUUCCAUUUCUGCAUCUGGAUGGGUUAUAUCGCUUCAUUGUGCCCCACUGCUCGGACUUGGAAGUGUUUGACAAGCUCAGUUUUCCACCUGUGCCAGCAGAGUUCCUAGGCAGGCCAUCCUGCCCUUUAUGCCUGCCUGUCCAAGAUAACUGGCACUUACAGCAUGAGACAUGGCUUUCCUUCCCAACUGAGUGCCAGCUGACAGCCAGGGCAGUGCUGACAGGCAUGGACCAGAGAAUUUCCUCCAUUCCAGAAAUACUUAGCAACAGUUUCAGAGGUUCCCUUGUUUCUUUCUCUGGAGAGAUAGUAGAGAGGACCCUGUGUGCUUCUCCUAAGAAUGAGAAGCCAUCUGCGACUCUCAGCCUUAGAAAGCAGAAAGGGAGUCUGCUGGCCAGUGAUCACAGCGUGAAGCUCAGCAUUUCAGCUGCUGCAGGCUCCCCUGUUGUGCUGGACAUUUACAUUGCUGCAACCUAUCUGCAGCAUCUCAGGGGUUUGCUACCUGGAGCCAAGAUCCUCUUUCAGAACUUGGAACGCAAAAUCUCAAGAUUCCAUAAUGUUUACUGUGCAUACAUUGCCUCCAGCUGUGUGACCAUCCUGUCUCUCCCAGCUCCUCACCAACUUUUUACCUCCAGUCCUGUUUCUUCUAGUUGUGCAGGAAGAGCCUCAUCCCCUUCGCUGGUGUUUAUAUCCAACUUGCAAUGUCACCUACAAACCCUGCCCCAGGCACGGAUUUUGUGCCACGUGUCCUGUGUGUUGACCCUAUCCCUGCAGUGGGUUUGCUCUCUCUGCAGCAGCAUCUUCAAAGAGGGGAAGUGCACCCGACACAGUCCACCAUGUCCAUCACACACUGGAGUGAGGCAAGCCAGUGCACGGGUGCUGGUGGAGGAUGGAACAGGUGAAGCUUUGGUGUUGUGCAGGAACCAGCACGUGGCAGCAAUGCUGGGCCUGAGCCUUCUCGAGUGGGAAGCUGUGCAAAGCUGUGUGCAGAGCAGAGGCAGCCUGUUCAUUCAGUAUGGGGAAGCUACUGGGACUGGGUGUGUGGAGGAACUGGAGGAUCCCAUUGCUUGCUACUUAAGGAACCUCUGCAGGAGUUCUCUCAUCUGUCGCCCUAUUCUGCUGGAUUUCAGCUUAGACAGGAAGCCCUCCAAAGUCCUGCAACCUGUUCCAGUGCAAGUGAGAAAUUUUCGGUGCGGUGAAGUGGAGUUUGUGUCACAAGUGAGACCUCGACAGAGCCUGUUGUGCCUGAAUGUGGAAGAAGUAGGACAAAAAGCCUUAUGUUGUCUGAACAGAGAGAGGAUCAAGAGGAUGUCUGGUCACUGUCAAGUGGGAACUACUACUUAACAUCUUCCCCAGUGGGAAAUGAAUUAUGGAAAUGUCUACUGGAAUUAGGAGGGUUUUUUUUCCCCUCUUUCCUCCUUUCCAGUGGGAGCGCAGGCCUGUAAGCACAACAUGAAGACUGUAACCAAGAAGCUGCCAUGACUAAUGGAAUUCUUGAACUGGACCAUUGCCACUAGCCAUUGCGGGCUAUGCUUCAAGGAAGAAAUGUUCAUUUAUCUCCUACAUGGUAGCCAUUGCUCUGGGCCUAGGGCAUAUAAUGUGCUUUUAUGUGGUAGUAUCUAGUGAAUAAGGCUAUCACACUGCAGUUUAAAUAACAAUAUCUAUUUUAAUACCAUUUUACUUGCUAUAUGGAAAACUGAGUCAGAAUGUAGAUUAAUUUAUGAGUCAGAGACUGGCAUUUUGCAGUUCAUUCACUGUCUUCAUGGAAAAGCGUGUAGUGUCCUUAGGGGAAAUUCUCCUUAACAUGUUUGAAAUGAUUAAAAUGUUUUUAAAGCACUUCCUUCCUUGAAGAAAAGAGAAAUAAACAAGUUACUGUUUGGAGACUAAAUCAUGGCACUAACAGUACUAUGCAAGCAUUGUUUUGCAGCUUAAACAUUAUUGCAGCCUGAACAUUAUUUGGGGCUCGUAGUGAGGAAUGCAGAGAGCUAUCAUACGAGUUCACAGUACACUCCAGGCUUGUCCAUCUACUGCUGAUUAGUAAGUUGGGGAAAAUGUAAUGCUAUGUGCCUAUAUCUCUAGUGGCACAGCAGCCUCACUGGCACAAUGCCAUUUGAAGAGAUUCCACUUCCAUCUGCUUGCAGCAAUAACUGAGUGUUCUGUACUUGCAAAAUAACAUCCACAUCCUUCACCUUGUGCUAUAGGUUAAUUAAUUCAACCCAGAAUAACUUCCCCACCUUACUCAGUGCAUAGUGCCUAUUUGAGCAGCUCCUCAAAUAGAAUUUGGUGUUUUGUUUGCUCAUUGUUUCCUCCUGUCGUUUCCCCUUCCCCCUUAGUUUGAGCCUUAUACUAAUUUUCAGUUGAUGCUUUUACUGAGCGCGUGGAAAGUAUCUUCAAUCUCAAGGCCUGCUCGCCACUUCUAGACCAAAGCAUGAGUUCCCAGGACCUGACAAAUGCUGCUGCUCAAUAAUGUUAUGAGACUCCAUCCUAAUCACAAAAAGAAGAAAGGAAAGAUCUUUGAGUUUUGCCCCAGUGGCCUUUUUUUCCAGUGGGUGCUUUCUCAGAAAAGGUAAAGGUUUUGCUGAAGCUUGCCC